AUGUACCCCCUGCAGCGUCCCCGGCCAUCUCCUCCGGCCGAUGCCGGCAUCCAGCUUCUGUGUUUCGGUCCCUGUGCCGUCGGGACGUACGGGCGCCGGCGGGAAAUUUUUAAAAUUUUAAAAAUUUUCAUUUUUUUCUAAACAAAUUUUACAUACAUUUUGUCCCUAGUGCUUUGUCCUGUGCCCUGCCUGCAUUUUGUCUGUUCUUUCUGCUUGGAAACUGAGAAAAGUCCAUGGCGUCCAAAAAGUGUCCCUUUAGGUCAAAAGCGGGUUUAGAUCAGCUAGAGAACAGCGAUAGUAAAUCAGAACCACUUGCAGAAUUGA